UUCAAACCCUCACGUGUCCUUCACCUGCCGUUGUUUACCAAAAUAAUCUAAAAAAUGUGAAUUAAUGGUCGAAUAUCUGCCUCAAUCGGUGAUAAACUCGUUCCGUUAUAAAAAAACAUUUCCUCGGAGUGAAAAUCAGGGAAAUUCCUCUGAAAGCCACAUAAAUCCCCAGAGAUGGCAUUCCGCAGUGGUUUACCGUCAGACCAGACCCCGAAGCACCUCUACCCCAAGAGCCUCGUCUUCUCGGUCUUCACAGCGGAGGACAUAAAGAACCUCAGUGUCGUGAAGAUCUGCACGCCCUUGUCCUUCAACGUCCUGGGGCACCCCCUCAGGGGAGGCCUGUACGACCCCUCCCUGGGGCCACUGAACGAACACUCUGACCCCUGUGGCACCUGCGGGGAGAACGUCUACACCUGCACCGGGCACUUUGGACACAUUGAGCUCCCAGUGCUGGUGGUCAACCCCCUCUUCCACAAAGUCCUCUGCAGUCUCGUGAAAUUGUCAUGUCUGAACUGCUUCACCAUUCAGAUUCCUGCGCACGUCAAGCUCGUGCUGUCAGCGAAAUUAAAACUGAUUAAUGAAGGAUUUUACACUGACCUCGAGGGUCUGGAGCAAGAGGUUGCCUCGGUCCUGUCGGAGCCUGCAGUGGGCCAGGAGGCACAGGCCGAGCUGGUGCGCGAGGCCGUCGAUGGUUACGUCAGGAACCUCCACGAGAGGAGGGCCUACGGGAAAAUGUGCGAGGGCGAAGUCCAGGUGCACACGAAGAACGUUAAUACUUUGUGGCAGAUCCAUGUGGAGUCUGUGGUGAAGAUGCACAAGCCGGAGAAGGUCUGUCUUUACUGCAAGAUACCCAUCUCCAAGGUGUCCAUUCUGAAGAAUAGGAUCAUGAUCUCUAAGGCUGCUAUUUAUGACGACGAGCACAGGGGGGUGGCCCAGAAGACCAUGAGUGUUCUGCUUAUGCCGGAUCAGUCCAGGAAGUACAUGAGACGCGUUUGGGAUAAUGAUAGGGAGAUCUUGAAGGUAAUUGUUCCCUGCCUAGGGGUUCUCAAAACCGAGUACCCCGUGGAUGUCUUCUACUUCGAGGUGAUUCCAGUGCUCCCCCCAAUAGUUCGCCCGGUGAACUUCCUCGACGGGCAAUUAAUGGAACACCCCCAGACGCAAGUCUACAAGCACAUAAUGCAGGACUGCCUGGUCCUCAGGAACAUCAUCCAAACGAUCCAAGACGGUGACACCAGCCAACUCCCCGAAGAAGGGAAACUGGUCUUCGAGACUAUUCGAGGGACGACUCCCCUGGAGAAACUCCACAACGCGUGGUCAGCCCUUCAGGGUAACGUGGACCACCUCAUGGACAGGGACAUGUCGAAGACAGCUGAAUCGAUGCUCUGUCAAGGCUUGAAACAGAUCAUCGAGAAGAAGGAAGGGGCGAUAAGAAUGCACAUGAUGGGAAAGCGUGUGAAUUACGCGGCCAGAUCAGUCAUAACUCCAGACCCCAAUCUGAACAUCGAUGAGAUAGGAAUUCCAGAGGCAUUUGCUCUCAAGUUGACGUACCCCGUCCCCGUGACUCCGUGGAACGUCGCAGAAAUGAGGGAAUUGGUGAUGAAUGGUCCUGAUCAGCAUCCGGGGGCUGUGAAGAUCGAGGGUGAGGACGGUUUCAUCAGGAGAAUCAAUCCCAAUGACAGGAUCAGCAGGGAAGCCAUUGCUAAGAGGCUUCUCACAGAGGGACACAAGAAUGAAAAGUCCUUUCAAGGGGUCAAGAUUGUGCACAGGCAUCUACAGAAUGGGGAUAUUAUGCUGUUGAAUCGACAGCCAACUCUCCAUAAACCGUCUAUUAUGGCGCACAAGGCGAGGAUUCUCAAAGGUGAAAAAACCCUCCGCCUUCACUAUUCAAACUGCAAAGCCUACAACGCCGACUUCGACGGUGACGAGAUGAACGUUCACUUCCCCCAGAACGAGGUCUCCAGAUCCGAGGGCUACUUCAUCGCCAACGUCUCCAACCAGUACCUGGUCCCGAAGGACGGGACCCCCUUGGGGGGCCUCAUCCAGGAUCACGUCAUCUCAGGGGUGCGUCUGACCGUCCGAGGAAAAUUCCUCUCCAAGCAAGACUACAUGCAACUGGUCUAUGCAGGUCUCUACGACCACCGUGGGGACAUUCAGAUCCUCCCCCCAGCCAUCAUCAAACCCGUUCAACUCUGGUCGGGAAAGCAGGUGCUGUCCACGAUCAUCAUCAACAGCAUUCCCAGGGGAAAAGCUAGGAUAAACUUGACAGCUGGUGCUAAAAUCCCAGCGAAAUCCUGGGAGAGACAGCCACCGAGAAAAUGGCGACAGGGAAUUGAAUUCACUGACCCCAAGACCAUGUCCGAGGCUGAAGUCAUCAUCAGAAAUGGAGAACUUCUGUCCGGAGUUCUUGAUAAAACCCAUUAUGGAGCAACUCCCUACGGUCUCAUCCACUGCAUGUACGAGUUGUACGGUGGCCCCUGUUCCUCGAAGGUCCUCAGUGCCUUUGGGAAAGUCUUCCAGUCGCACCUUCAACUCUGCGGCUUCACCCUCGGCAUCGAAGACAUCCUGGUCCUCCCAAAGAGCGACAAUAAACGAAAAGAGAUCAUCGAGAGGUGCAGGAAGAUCGGUGAUGAUAUCCAGAAAACAGCACUGGAACUGCCUGAGGACACUCCACGCGAUGUUGUCCUCAAGAAGAUGGAGGAGAACAACUGGAGGAACAAGAGGUUCCGAGGGCUGAUUGACAGAAAGUACAAGACAGCUUUGGAUCCCUUCACCAACGAGAUCAACAAGACUUGUCUCCCUGCGGGGCUGAGGAAGAAGUUUCCAGAGAAUAAUCUUCAGCUGAUGGUGACUUCGGGGGCGAAGGGAUCCACCGUCAACACCAUGCAGAUCUCCUGUCUUCUAGGGCAGAUUGAACUCGAGGGGAAAAGACCGCCCCUGAUGAUCAGUGGAAAGUCUCUCCCUAGUUUUCCACCUUACGACUCGUCCCCCAGGGCUGGGGGGUUCAUUGAUGGAAGAUUUAUGACUGGAAUUCAGCCUCAGGAGUUCUUCUUUCAUUGCAUGGCAGGGCGUGAGGGGCUGAUUGAUACAGCUGUGAAGACGAGCAGGUCUGGAUACCUUCAGAGGUGCCUGAUCAAGCAUCUUGAAGGACUGACGGUUGGCUAUGACUCCACAGUGAGAGACUCUGACGGCAGUCUUGUGCAGAUGUACUACGGAGAGGAUGGCCUGGACAUACCGAACUCCAGGUUCUUGAGGAAGGAGCAGAUGGAGUUCCUGGUGGAGAACAGAGGGGCUAUUGUCGACGAGAGGCUCGUGGAGAGUCUCAAGGAAACGAGUGAUACCAAGAAUAUUCAGAAGAUGGGGAAGAGGUUGAGGAAGUGGAAGAGCAAGCAUGGAGAUGUGUUGAGAAAGUCCAGGGAAAGUGGGUUUACCAUUUUCACGAAGGAGAAUGGAUCUAAUAGCGCAAAAGGGAAUAUUAUUGAUGGCACUGUUGGGAGGAGCAAGGGGUCACUGUCACUGGUCAAGAAGUGGGUUCGAGCUGAUGGGGAGGUCAAGAAGUCUUUCAAUGAUAAAGUUGUCAGAUGCCCAGAGCCCUUGACCUCGAAAUACCGUCAAGACCUGGAGUUCGGGGUUCUCACCGAGCACCUCGAGGAGCUCAUGGACGGCUACCUGAGGACCCCAAGGUCCUACGGCCCCCCAGUCACCAGGGACGAAAUUCGUGACAUGCUCUCCUGCAAAGUCAUGAAGACCCUGUGUCCCCCUGGUGAGGCAGUUGGUCUUCUCGCUGCUCAGUCCAUCGGUGAACCCUCCACCCAGAUGACCCUCAACACCUUCCACUUCGCGGGUCGUGGUGAGAUGAACGUGACCCUGGGUAUCCCCAGACUCCGGGAGAUCCUCAUGAUGGCGUCGAAGAACAUCAAGACCCCCAGUAUGGAGAUCCCUUUCAGGAGGGAUCUGAAGAAUCUCACGAGACAGUCCAACAAAUUGAAAUUAAAACUGACGAGAUGUGUCUUGUCUGACGUCGUGAGGUCCAUAAAAAUCGACAGGAAGAUGGAAACGUAUCCCAAUAGACAACUGGAGUACGCAUUGACAAUUCAGUAUCUUCCUCACAAAAACUACAAGCACGAGUUCAAUGUCACGUCCAGGGAGGUCGUUGAAAAAACUGAGACCCUCUUCUUUAAGCAGAUGUUCAGGGAAAUAAAGAAGGUGGCGAAGGUCUCGGGAACUCUGCUCCACGUGGAGGAGGAGAAGAGGAAGAAUACAGCACAGGAGGACUCGAUGCUGGACGAGGCUGACGAUGGAGAACCAGUUAGCAGGAAGAUUAAACAGGACUUUGGGGAGGAGCAUGAGUCUUCCGACGAGGAUGAAGCCCCCGAGGAUGAGGAUGCCACUGCAGCCAGGAGCAAGUCCAGGCAUCAGGAGAACCGGGAGUACGAUGAUCCUGAGGAGGACGAGGUCAUUAAUGAUGACGAGGACGAGGCUGAGGAUGAAGAGAGGAAACCUGACGUCCUUGAAGAUGACGUCGAGGAGGUGAACGAGGAGAUUGAUCUUGCGGAUCAGGCGGCUGCUGAUCAGAGGAAAAUAGACGUUGCUAAUAUGUACAGUUAUGCUGUGGAGUAUGACUUUGACGCGGGAAAGUAUCUCUGGUGCAAAUUCAGGUUCUGGCUGCCUCUGAGGAUGAUUAAGAUUGAUUUGCCGACGAUCCUGAAGAAUGUCGCGGGGAAGGUGGUGCUUUGGGAGACACCUUCCAUCAAGAAGGCUUUCACCUUUCCCAAUGCCAAGGGGGAGACUGUUCUCAAGACCGAUGGGAUCAAUAUUGUGGAGAUGUUCAAGUAUGAUAAGGUCUUGGACAUUAGGAGGCUGUACUCUAAUGACAUCUGGGGGAUCUCUCAGACUUAUGGGAUUGAGGCUGCUAAUAGGGUCAUCGUGAAGGAGGUGAAGGAUGUCUUCAAGAUGUAUGGAAUCACUGUUGACCCCAGGCAUCUGUCACUUAUUGCUGAUUAUAUGACUUUCGAUGGGAGCUUUCAGCCGAUGAGCAGGAAGGGCAUGGAGAACUCGGCUUCGCCACUCCAGCAGAUGAGUUUUGAGAGCUCGUUGACGUUCUUGAAGAGUGCUACUUUGCAAGGUAAACGAGAUGACUUAACGUCUCCAUCGAGUCGUUUGAUGCUCGGGCAACCGUGUAGAACUGGCACUGGAGCCUUCGACGUCUACCUGAAGAUGUCCUCUGCGAUGAAACCAGUGAAAUCAUCCCUUUAAGUAGGUAUCACUGACGUAUUCGUUAUGACAAUUGUAUAUUUCCCCGUAUUUUAUAGAUUUUAUAAUAAUAAAUGAUUGGAAGACAGUCGUGUGAAUUUAUUCACCUAAUUCAUCGUGUAUAUUUCAAAAGGCCAAGUACAUCAAUCAAGUCAGAUACAAACGAAUGGAAAAAAUGUAGCGAAUUAAAGUUGCUACUGUUUAAACUCAUGUUCACAGUCUUUUCUAUCGUGAAAACAUCUCAAAUUCCGUGUCCGAGAAGAGUACACAAUAGAAUAUGUACAAAACAUGGUAAUGUUAAUGCCGUGUAUGAUUUAAUUGAACUAUUAUCAAUUUUUUUCAUUAAUUAUCUUCGAUUUUAAACUUCUUUCGGUUUAAAUAUAACAGUUAUAAGGCGUACAGUUUGUUUAUUAUGCGAGAUUGGGUCUAAUUCUUGUGCGCCUCAAUACCGUCCUUGAUUUUUUGAAGGCUGGCUCCAGUAAAUUG